AUGAUCGUGGACCGGAAACGCCACUCGGCGGUGCUCCACCGGUACCAAGAACACACAGCCGUGUCGGCCUUCGAUCCGACAAACCGAGCUGCAUUUAUUAUCAACUGGAUGACGAGGCUGCGAUUGAACAACGCACUGACCGAACAGAAAGGGGCAGAAACAGAAGAAGACGCACCGACAGCGGAGCUGGAGAAGGUCCCAACCAGUGGGACCUCGACCAUGCAGCCGAUCGAAGAUGAAACCAAGGAAGAACACCCAUCACCCUAG